AUGCCUGUGGUCGACCCCCAUCACCAACGAAGUCAAGAUGCGAGUCUACCUAUCCGCAAUUCGCCCCAUCAUGAUGUCGGAUCGGAGACUUGGGCAGCACCAUCUACGGUGAUGGAGAAGCUUGAUUGCACGGAACGAAAGCUACUUAGACGGCCAACUACUUUGGCUACUUUUGGCCUACGGUAUGCCUCAAUGAAGAUCUUCAAGCAGAAAUUGAUAAGGAAACCGGCAGAUCCUCUUGUUCAAGGAAUUCUGAGGGGUUUGUCGGGUUCGAGCUGGAAGAAGCCACCUGGCCGAAAACAGAAGUUCUGGUCUGGGGUGGUGAAAGAGGACCUGAGGACACUCGGCGUGGAUAGGCAGUUCAGGCGGGACGGUUACACUAUGUCCAAUCUUUGGAUGGACGAAGGUCAACAAGACCCAUGGCAAGGUCAAGGAGCCUCCCAGGCAGGUAUGAGUUGGGGGCAAUUUGACUACUCCCAGCAACAAGCGCCGAAUCAACAUUAUACCAAUGAUCAAUCCUAUUAUCAGCACCAAAGCCACUACUCGCAAUCUCAGAAUUAUUACGGUGGCCAAAUGUUUAUUCCAAAUUCUGGAGUGGUUGGAUCACCCUCUGGCGAUGGAGAAGACUACGAGAAUGAACCGCCUUUACUUGAAGAGCUUGGAAUUAACUUCUCUCAUAUAAAAGAGAAAACAUUUGCUGUUUUAAAUCCUGUAGGCAGCGCGUCUGCUGAGGUGAUCGAAGAUCAGGACCUUGCAGGACCUCUUGUGUUUUGUUUACUCUUUGGCUUCGCAUUGUUGCUUCAUGGUAAAAUGACGUUUGGCUACAUUUACGGUAUUGGAGGUCUCGGAUGCGUUGGAAUGUUCGCACUUAUGAAUUUGAUGGCCGGUGACAAAUCGAUCUCAUUCGUUUGCACUGCCUCCGUAUUAGGUUACUGCUUACUCCCAAUGGCACUUCUCAGCAUGAUUACUGCUGUUUUUUCGUUUAAAGGUUUCUUUGUUUACUCAGUCUCGGCUCUAGCUGUGACGUGGUGCAGUUCAUCUUCAUCAAAACUCUUCGUGAUAGCACUUAGCAUGCAUCAUCAACGUCUCCUCGUAGCAUAUCCGUGUGUUUUGCUCUAUUCUGUCUUUGCGUUGCUUGCUAUUUUCUAA